UUGAUUGGCCCAUCAACAAACUUGGAUUCAUCUUCAUGUCAGUUAUCUGUUCUUUACUUUAUUUAUUUAUUUUUUGCGAAAUGCUUAAAAUUUACUUGGCGACGCCAUUCAAAAAGAGUUGAAGUUUAUUGGAUAGUUUCAUUAACAUCGUCGCUAUUCUGAUUGCGUCAAAAAGAAACUGUUACAGUCAAUUCAUUUAGAUUUGAUGUUUGAAAUUAACGAUUUAUUCCUCAAAUUGAAAAUUGAAUUCUCCAUUUACAUAAAGUGAACGUGCGGAGAUGUCAGUUCAGCAAAGUCAAAACUGCGCCUUUUUAUGCCCAUUAUUCGUCAAUUUAUUUUUACGUUUGGCCAAUUUAUUUUCUUUUUCUUCACCAUUCUUCAUCCAGUUCUGGAGUGAUCAAGUUUUCGUAUGUGAUUCAUCCAUUGGCGACGUGAUCACCAUAAUUAAUAGUAUAAAAGUUACGUCUGUGAAGUGGAUCUCUGAAAAUCGAAUCGCCGUCUCUUCUUUAUAUGGAACGACCAAAAUUUUUGAAAUGGAGGAAAACAAUUUGACAACAACUCGACUCGUGAAAGAAUUCACAAUAUCAAUCAAAUAUUGUGAUUAUCUGGAGUGGAGUGAAAGGACCCAAUAUUUGGCCAGUGGUAGUGAGAAGUUGAUCAAUAUUUUGUCUAUGGACCACGACAGGCCAAUUUAUAACUUGGAGCAGGAGGAGGAGGAGGAUAAAAGAUUUGCUUGGCGCUUGUGCACAGGAAAUGGGGAAGAAGAGGGCGGAAUCGAAAUGGCAAGGAAAUCAGCCAAAAACUUCACUUUUGCUUUUUGUUCGAUGAAAGGCGUUUUUAUUUGGAAUCCUCUGGAAAACGAACAACAGCCGCGACGUCUUUCGCAUGAGAAAUACAUAGAAAUGGUCGCCUUUUCAUCGGACGGUCGAUUUCUUGCAGCCGUAGGCCCUGAGAAUUUAAUGAUUUGGUCAACGGAGGACUGGGUACAAAUAUACAAAGUCAACAAACGUUUUGGGGACCCAACGAAUAUAUCAUUUUUUACAACAAAAUCUACAAACCUUUACGAGAAUAAAUUAAUUGUCAAUUAUGGGUAUGAGGGCAGCAGCUUAUUUGAAUUCGCGUUCGAAGAAAGUAACAUUUCUGAUUCGACCAUUGAAAUAUCAACAAAAAACGAUGACGAGGACGACGAUGAAGACGUGGACGCCGAUAGGGAAGACAUUAGUCCUCCAAAACGCCUAAAGGGGUCAUUCCCCUAAAUAGAAACUAGUGAAAAACAGGAUGUCCUGCAAAAGACAACCAUUUAAUAUUUUCUAAACAAAUAUGCUUCAAUGAUAUUUUUAUCCAAAUGUACUGGGGCCCUUCAAACUACGUGUUGUAUUUUUGCAUUCUGGUUGUUUUCACUGCAUCGUGCGUCUAGAUUUGAUUUGAUUUUCAUUUAGAGGUAAAAGAAUCUCACUGAUUGCAAGAGAAGGAAAAUUUCGCAAACAUAUGCUAUUGGUGGAAACUUACGUGUUCGAUCUCCAUCAGCAAAUUGCAGUUUUUUGUUUGUACGAGCUGCUUUUUCAUUUCUUGCCUUCUAGAUGUUAUGUCACAUUGAAAUGUUUUCAAUAAGACAAAACAAAGGAAAAAACAUUGUCGAAUCAGGAAACCCUGUCAAUUUGUUCCAUAAAAAACAAUUUUCUCUCACCAAGGGCAAAAGCAGACAGACUGAAAAAAAUAAUUUUCACUUCUUUAUGUAUAAACUGUCACACAGCCAUUGCUAUUUUCUGGAAUGUAAAGCAGAAUAAUUGCCAUUUUACCAUAAAUCCGGAUUGUCUUGAAUCGGGACAUGCCGACGGAACUGGGCCUGGAUGUUUUCGGGUAGGGAACUCAUUUCUGUCACGUUCCGGAACAGACCAGGUGGCAAGAAACCAAUCAAAAGCGGAGCGUGUUGCUCCAAGAUUUUUCUUCUUUCCUCUGCGAUCGCUUCGUCUUCGGCCUGUUGACGCAAUUCUUCCAUGCGUCGUUCUUCCUCCUUCUCGGCCAAUUCCAAUUUCUUCAGCUGACGUCGCUCUUCGAGUAAGGCCGCCUGUUCUUUCUGCAAUUGCGUGAGAUCCUUGUGUCUUCGUUCAGCGGCCUCUCGUUCAGCCUUUUCCUCCAACACAGCUUGCUCCAGCAUCUAUCAAGAAAAUUCGAAUAGUAUAUCAAUCCCAUUUUUGCUAGAAAUUAGAAAAUCGUCAGUAUGUUUACCCAUGAACGUUCGUUAAGUUCUUCUUCUUUCUGCGCUUUCUUCUUAAGCUCGAGCUGGCGCAAUUGUUCAGCCAUAUCUUCAUUCCAUUUGAUUCGUUGGGCUUGAGUCAUCUUCUCUAAUUCUUCAGCUUUUUUGUUCUCCAGUUCUUCCUUCUCUUCACAACCGUAUUCGAUCCAUAACUCUUCUCUUUCACGACGCCGGUGCUAUGUUUAUUUGAUUGAAGAAAAAAUAUUUAGAAAAAUGUCAUUUCUCACGUGUUUAUGAUGUACCUCCUCGACUUCUAAAACCUUUUGAAGCCGAUGGCGGAUAGCAGCAAGUUUCUCGGCUUUCUCUUUCCUUUCUUGCUGCUGCAUUUGACUCAAGCGACGUCGUUGGAGUUGGCAUUCUUCAAUUAAUCUAUCUUCCUCCAUUUCAAUAAACUUCUGGAUGGCUUUCCAUUGAUUCUGCAA